AUGGACUUCGCACCCUACCAAUCCUCGCCCCCCGAGCACGCCCGCUCCCCAAUCUCCUCCCCCCGCGCCUCCGCCGACAUCUCCCGCCGCCCCUUCUCCCCCUCCGCAAUCGCCUCCUCCGCCCGCAGCCCGCCUCCCCUCCAACACCCUCAACCCCAGCGCGCCUGGAGCGGCGACCUCGACGGCGCCGCCAGCGCCCACGGCGCAUUGUCCGGCAGCGGCCUCUGGGGGUUCGGCAGCGGUAGUGCUGGAGGGGGGACGCCCAUGCCCGGCGCAUAUCCCGCCGAGAUCAGCGAGUUCGAUACGAGUCUGGGCUUGAGGCUGGAUUACGAGGCCUGUUUGGCGUAUUUGGCGUUUCCGCCUGUUGGGGCUGUUAUACUCUUGAUUUUGGAGAGGAAUAGCGACUACGUCAGAUUCCACGCCUGGCAGUCUGCCCUCCUCUUCACAGCCGUCAUGGUCUUCCACGUCCUAUUAUCUUGGUCUUCGUUCCUAAGCUGGAUCAUCUUCAUCGCCGACCUUGUCCUGAUCGGAUUCCUCUCCUUCAAAGCAUAUCAAGACGCAGAGAUACUAGACAGGUUCGAGGUUCCCUUCUUCGGAAGGAUAGCUAGCAGAUUCCUAGACGACGAGUAG